ACCAGAUAUCUUCAAUGAAGGUACCUGGUAAAGAGUCGACACAUACUCUUGUAACGGCAGCAGCAGCUAGCUAGAGCUAUUGUACUUGUUCAAGGCACAGCUAUGCCACUCAGGAAGAGGAGCAACAGGAGCAGUCUCUCUCAGGCAGGGGCUCCAGCAGGCAAGAGGGUUCUGCUGUCGUGGAAUAGAUCAUCAUUUGGUCGUAUGAUGGAGGCCAUUGGAGUGGGGCUGGGAGGAGACCAACACACCACCCUGCCCAUUGAACCAUCCAUGCUCCAGAAGAAGCUUUCAGCAUCCUUCAGUUUUGACAAACCUGCAGUAACUGAGUUCUGUGAAGGUCUGGCUGAUUACUGUGCUAAUAUACAACGCUUCAGAAUGGCACUGUCUCCUGCCAAAGCUGCUGGUGGUGCUCACAUAACUGUGAGGGUGUGUGGUCUUGAGAGCCUCAUACGCAUUCUCCUGGGAGUGGACUGUCUGCAACCCUCCAUUGUAAUACUCCUUCUUGACAAACUAUCUGCCAGCACAAUGGUUGGUCAGAGCUCCAAGGAUGAGCAAGAGUUGUCUACACUGAUACUGCAUCAGCUACAGAUGUUGGACCACCUUGUACAGGGAAAGGAGUUUUGCUCUAAACUAAUGGAGGUGGUGGGUGCAGUUUCCCCUGAAGUGCAAAGAGAGAUUGUUACUGCUCUGCCACACAUUGUAGAUGAUCCACAACAUGGUGAAGCAGCCAUACUACUCAAGUCCAUGCUCAGUGACUCUCCAUUACUUACUGCUCCAAUAAUGGAUGCUUUAUCCAACCUAAUCAUUGAUGGACACAUUGCAGCAGAGAUUCUGGAUAUAGCAAUGGAACAAUUGCAAACUGCCACUUUGACUGACCUCCCAGCCAUUAUACAGUUCAUCAUGCAGCAUGUCACAACUAAGAAUGCUCAAGAGCUCAUUGGAGAGUUCCGGUCUAAACUGUGUCUGGACUUCAGUCCCCUUCAUGCUAAUGUGAUGACCUCUACGCCCCUUCAUGCUCCUAGGGGGACCAGGAAAGUAUCUGCUGAACUAUCUGCUCACUUUGUAGUGUUUGACAGCAUUGCUGCCAUCACUAGACUACUCAAGCCUGUCGCUGAUGGUUGGCUAAAGGCUAUAGAGGCUGUUAGUGAACCUAGCGAUCAUCGGGUCAUCGACAUUCUUGUUCUUUUCUUCCUCCACUCCAUCCGAGGACGGAGGAAGAGUGUAGAGACACUACUGACCAAUAAGAUAAGAGCUGGGGCUUUCAGUGAUGACCUCAUCAGUGAAACACUAGGAUCCCAUGCUAAGGCACUGACGGAAUAUUUCUCGUCCAUCUUGGUGCUGUGUGAUAAUCUAAUAUGCUCUGCGUCACCAACUGUUUCCUCGUUUGCUGCCUCUCUCUACAAGCACCUCUUUGCAGCGCUAGACAUACCCUACCAACAGGCGGUGGUGGGAGCGCUCAUAAUGCACAUCAACAAUGGUUUGAGUGGCGAGGUGGACAGAGCGCUGAGUCUUCUCCUGGAUCUAGUCCACACACACUUCACUGCCAUGCAGCGAUUUGCAGUACUCGUUAAGGGAGUGUUGGAUCGACUGGAGUACUUGACUACAGCUCAGAUACGCAAGUUGUACCAAGUGCUGGCAGUGUUGGGGUUUUCUGACCCAGAAAGGGGAUCAGCCAUUCAAGAUGAGCUGAGGAUACUCAUUCGCAAACAGUUGCUACACACUGAGCAAAGCUACCGUCAUAUGGGCAUCAUAGGAGCAGUGACAAGCGUGAAGCAGCUCACAAAUGAAGGGGACCCACUGUCCUCAUCCUUAUCCCUCACUGCCUCCAGGAAACAAAUGGCUGACUCACUGUUGGACCAGGUGAUGGAGCUCUGCUCUGUUAGUGUAGAUUCUAUGAUAUUGUUUUGUGAGGAGAUGGCAGCAGUGGCCCCAGCUCUGGAGGAACACACACUCAGAGCACUGUCAGAACAGGUCACCUCUAGCUUCCAGGAUGAUUAUCUGGUAGAUGCAGCAGAUCCUCUGCCUACUGGAGCAUCACUCGUACACGCACUGGAUACCGUGGAUGAAGGUUGUAUUGCUCUCAACAUCUUCCCCCUGGUGGGGGGCGAGGGGGCUGAGGGGGUGAGGAGUCUAGCCGCACGCUUUCAUUUAUUGAAAGUGUGUGAGGCGGCGGUUAAUGGAAGCCUUGAGGGAAUAGAUGCUCUACUAGGGUGUCCGGUUGUACUGCCUCCUGAAGACCAGUUAACUACAGCGGGAUUAGAGGGACUGUCACUGGACAAGUGUCAGGAGAUCUGCCUCUCUCUCUUCCACACCAUCAACUGGUAUAGAGAGCUAGUGUGUGGGUUCUCUAGCGAGACAGACCCUGACAUGCGAGGGAAGGUAUUGCUCAGACUCACAGGGAUCACAGAGCUCACUGAGGCCUUGGACAGAGCUAUGGCUGCCACACCAGGUUGGGUACCGCCUCUUGUCAACUCAUGGACACCAACCACUAAACCCAAGAAGAAGACGAAUGAAGUGAGCCUUGCAUCACUGACUGCUGCCACUGUCAAUGUUGACAAGGAGGUGACAAUAGCUGCUACUGACAAGAGUGGUGGUGUAGGGAGGAUCAAGGGCUUCUUCAGGGAGCUGGAUCUUGGUGUAUUCAAGAGCCUGGGGUUCGGAGUCCUCUCUCGCACUUUCCUGGAUUCUGAGUUCCACACUAGGAGCAAAGAUGAGCUCAAGAUCAGACCACCUCAACUAGUCUUCUUGCUAGAGGACCUCCAGUCCAAGAUCAGCACUGCCUUCACUGUGUUUGGCAGCAAGGGCAAGAGUGGUCACUUCACUGGUGGUGAACUCUCCAAGAUGAUGGAAACCAUUCUGCCUAGUUUGUGUGAUCAUCUUGACAGCACUUGUGCAUUCUUCCAGACUCAGCUGGAUGAUAAUGACGGUAUAGUGGACAUGUGUUGUUCCCAUGGCGACUACCCUCAUCAUUGUCUCUGCCUCCAUCUCCUGCUCAAGAGUCUCGCUACCUUCUUAUCUUGGCCACUUCUAUUGGAUAGAGACUACAGUAACCUACUCUCCUCCUGUAUGGAGACUCUGGCUGCUAGGAGACAGGCCACACCCACUGGCCCUACCCUACCUCAACAAGCCACAGAUGCUUGCAAGUAUCUGGAGGGCUGUGUCAGUGUACUGCCCACCCUCACUUGUGCUCACUCUCUAGGAAAGCUGUUGGUCGCUCUCACUAAAGUGUGUAAGGCCAGUCACCUUCACACAACCAUAGGGGAGGUGUGUGGGCGGCUGUUGAGGAGGGUGUGGCUUGUGAGUGAGGCCACACCCCUUAGGAAGGAUGCUCUCGAAUAUCUACUUAAGUAUCACCUUGAGUGGGCGAGGGAGCCCCUAGUCGUUAUAGAGCUAAUUAGUGGAGAGGCUGUCCUUGAGUUGAUAGGGGACAAUGCUGUAGAGGAGGCCACCAAAUACCCCACUCUCACAAAGGCUAGCUAUUCCUGGUACUAUCGUGUCAUGAUGUCCAGUCUAGUCCACCAGAUCAAGAGCUUACCUCCUCCUCCUAAGAAAGGUCACCCUCCCUCACAAGAGGAGCUAGAGGAGAGACUACAUGUGCUUGAGGUAGCUGCUAGAGUGCUCUUCAUUCUAGUCAGCCAAGUCAAGUCCUUCUAUAAGAGUGCAGUCCUCUCAUCAUGUCUCAAGAAUGGCCGUCAGUUUGUGGAUGCCUUCCUCAGGUCCGGUAUGCUAGUGCUGGAUGGACUCUUCAAGACCAGAAAGGAUGAUGUGAUAGCAUUGCUCAAGAAUCUACAGCAAAGCACUAGAGUACUACAGAGUUAUUGUGGACACAGUAAGGUGGCCAAGGACACUAACCUCAUCAACAAUGUGCCUCAACUCAAGAAAACUCUCGAGCAGUUCUUGUUCAAAGUCAAGGAGCUCCUGAGCAGUCAUGGCUGUGCAGAGGCCUUCUGGAUGGGUAACCUCAAGAAUAGAGACAUAAAGGGUAGAGAGAUUCUGUCCCAGCUACCCCAGGAAGAGAGUGAUGAUGAAGGUGAGAGUGUCACUAAUAGUACGAGUACUGACAGGACUCUUGGAGAUGACCCCACCAGUCAAGUGGAAGACUAAUCAAUAAAUAACCCUACAGGACAAUCAUUUAUCCCAUGCCACUUGUUCACUUAAUUGUUCAUUAUUAACAUUGUUUUUUUGUAUUAUUAUUAUUAGUGUCAAUAAACAACUGAUCGUCAUGACAACAAUUGAAAGUGAAUAUGA